UUUUUUUUUUUUUCCCUUAUUAUGCCAAAAACAAUCACUCGUAGGAAUACGUUAUUCGUAAGUGUUCAACUAGGUAUGUUUUCCAAACAGUACGUAUAUUCUGAUCCGAUAAUUCGGUGGCUGCGAUGCCGUUGAAUGACAUAUGAAUCUGUUCGAAAUGUUGUACACAUUACGAUAACGUUAAUUUCUUUUUUAGCGUUUGUAAAAUUUUACAUUUUCUUCUUAUAUAAUAAUGAAACGUAAAUAAUUAACUAAUAAUAAUUACUAUCGUCAAUCAUCUUUUUUUCUUAUUAUUAUUAUAAUUAUUUUAUUUUUAAGACAACUUUUAUUUAUAUUGUGCGAUUAUCGGCUUUUGCACUUUUAGGGUUUCGACGGUUUCUUGUUAUCUAUCACAGAACGCCAGACCGGUCUUGUGUUAUCGUUAAUGAACCAUGUAUAAAAGGCCCUGUGUAACGACCAGAAUUGACAUUCGCUGUCUUUCCUCCGUCGUAGCAAGACCCACCCGGGCAGACUUGCGCGAUUAAGGAAGGCAUCUGAUGUCUAUAUUUUUUUCAGAGAUUUUUUGAUUUUUAGCAUAUUUUAUGUUGCCUUCACAUUAUAUCGCUUUUACUCAAAUUGUUAAAUAGUUAUUUUAUUCAUACCUAUUCGUAGCUCAAGCUCUGGUAUGCACAAACAAAAUUCGACCUUGGCUUUAUUCCGUGGCUUAUAUAAGUCUGGCACAGUUCGGGCGCACGACUGCCAGUAUUUGGUGAGUUGCGGUUGCGGGAACACUAAUCGUUCACGUCUGUAUUAAAUAUUUGUGUAUUUUAUUUUUUUUUUAUAUUCCCUUAUUACGCCAUAAACAAUCACUCGUAGGAAUACGUUAUUCGUAAGUGUUCAAGUAUGUUUUCCAAACAAAACGUAUAUUCGUAAAACCCCGUUUCCCUGUGCGUAUUGUCAUUGGCGACACGCGCAGGGCUACGGCUGGUUACGUUCCGCAGAAAUGACGAUUCGCGCGUACGUCAGAUCUAGUGAGCAGAUGGCACAGUUCCAGUGACUCUUAAGAGUUCCGCGUUACGGGUGUAUUGCUCUCGUUUGAGCUGCCCGUCUUGUGUGCCACUGUAAUGAUCUGACAACGCGUGCGAUUCGAUUCUGAUCCGAUUAUUCGGUGGCUGCGAUGUCGUUGAAUGACAUACGAAUCUGUUCGAAACGUUGUACACAUUACGAUAACGUUAAUUAACGACCGUCCAAUCCAUUAUUUAUUUUUUAAUGGUUAUAAUAAUUAAUAAAAACUAUAAUAGUUUUUUAUAUUUUUUUUAAUUUUUGUAAUAAUUUCUGGCUAUUAUCACUUAUACUGGCCAUAAUAAGAUGUGCGCGUUCCCUAUAAAUAGCCAGGUAAACAGUUUAAACGGUUUAAACAGUUGACAAAAGUAUAGUGCAUAAUUAUUAUUGCUAACGGAAUUAUUAUUGGUAAAUAUUUCCUUAUAUUUUCUGAAAUCGUAAAUCAUGCUAACAUUAAGUUAUCUGGCGUGGCCAUAUCUAAUGGCUGUAAAAAAUAAAUUGUUUUCCGAUUGCAAGAUGAAAGAACCAGAAAGAAAAGAUAAUGAAAAAAUAUCUGCCAACAACAGCAACAUAGUGGAAAAACGAUCAACGGCCACCACUCCCCUACAGCAAGCCACGGAACUGCUGGAACGUAGCCAGCAGUUACUAAAGGCCGCGUACGCGGAGGCAGCCGUCCACGCAACAACGGAGACAGCCGCCCAUGCGACUACGGAGGCAGCCGCCCACGCGACUACGGAGGCAGCCGCCCACGCGACUUCGGAGGCAGCCACCCAGUCGAUUACGGAGGCAGCCGCCCACGCGACUUCGGAGGCAGCCACCCAGUCGACUACGGAGGCAGCCGCCCAGUCGACUUCGGAGGCAGCCACCCAGUCGACUACGGAGGCAGCCGCCCACGCGACUACGGAGGCACGGGUGCGCCGGAUGUCCAUGCAAGAGCUAUUGCGGGACCCGGCACUGUGGGUAGCCUACACCCGCGGGUGGGACGAUUGCGCGGGCAAGGCGACCAACGUGAAUCCCAAACCCGCGGUAACCGACAGGUCCCAGAGCCCAAGACGGCCGGUACAGCCAGCUGGCACAUCGCGACCGCCCCCGAUACCGCAGUCUGCACGGUUGCCCCGACCACCCCCCCAACCACUAAUGGCAGUACUGGUCCCACGACCAAAAUUUUUCAAACCGCCAACACCGCCCGCGACGAGGAAAGUGAACCAAAAAAGUGCACAAAGGCCACCGACAACAGCGCCAUCACAAAACUCGUGGCAACGCCGGAACCAGUCUCGGAUUACCGAAUACCCGGGACAGAAAAAGGCCGGCAAACCCACCACCUCCCAACAGUACCGCCUAGAAAAACCGGCACCCUCAACCACCCAACCGGCACCAGGCCCAAAGUCGCUGGUGGCAACGACCACGCCUGUCCCCGAGGCCAAGACACCGGAGGUAGCAAUUCCUACCGGACAAACCGAGGCCUCCGCCAUUUCAAUUCCGGUCGAUACGAAGGUAUCACCGGUUGAGAAGAAGGAGUUGCUGUGUGACAUGAUGGAUGUUGGUCCCCCAGACGACGUGGACACGGUGUUCCAAAUCACCAGCCCCGACUCCACGACGCCACCCCGACAUGGGUAUACUAUGCAUACAUGGUAUACAUGUCUAUAGACAGUCCGGAGCGCGACCGCUACACAAACUGUCUACGCCAGCCAGUGAUCCACCCACACACCCACCGGAAGCGGCCGGACAACCGCCGUUACUAUUCUGUGAUUGAUACGAUGAUAGCAUACAACACGUGUGUCAGCUCGAUUAUAUUAUUGUCUAGCCGUUGCACCACAUAGUAACAAAAUUGUUGCACCUAGUUUUGUUUAACCUGUUAUAUUGUAAAAUACACUGUUUCAUACUUCAUAUCUAA